GUCCCCCGCCAAUAGGACGGAGGCGGGGGCGGGCUCAGCGCGGCUAUUGGCAGUGCCGCGCCUUUAAAGAGGGGAGCGGGGUGGGGCGCGGGGGGGGUCGGUGCGGGACGUGGCGGCGGAGCGGAGGGCGGGAGGCAGCGGAGCCAUGACCCGCGGGAACCAGCGCGAACUGGCGCGGCAGAAGAACCUGAAGAAGCAGAGCGACUCGGGCAAGGGCAAGCGGCGGGACGACGGGCUCUCGGCCGCCGCCCGCAAGCAGAGGGACUCGGAGAUCAUGCAGCAGAAGCAGAAGAAGGCCGACGAGAAGAAGGAGGGCGCCAAGUAGUGCGCGGCCGGGCCGCCAGCCGGCAGGAUGCCCAGCGCAGCCCCGGGGCCGCGCCGCCCCGGCAGCUCCCUGCGCCCACCUUGGGCCUGCCUCCUAUUAAAGUAGCUCGUGGAGCCCUGCAG